AUUCGGUCUUAGAAAAAGCCCUGUUACCGGUAUUUGACCCCGCUCAAAAUACUUCUUUACCCCAAGAAGUUAAUUUAUCACAAUUUAUUUUAGUUGCUACAAGCAGCAGCAAAGAAGUAGGAAAAAUACCCAGUCCAUUUAUGUCGCG